CAAAAGAAUUUUCUAGAAGAACAGGCUAAUGAACACUAUAGAUUGAAUUUAUUUCUGUAAACGUGAAUGAACAAAUUUACUUGGUUUCACAAACGACGAACGGCAAUUUAGAGGUAAAUUAGGUAUGAUAGAGUAAAAGUUACAUCUCUUCGGUUUUAAAGACCGGGUCUACCGGCGAAUGGCUGCAUCGCUACGCGUCAGAAUGUAGCCCCGCCCAGAUCGCCAUUGGAAGGCCCGCGUACAAAGCGCCGGCUGUGAUGGCGUUUGACGUUUGCCUAAUUGGUGAGAUGGUUAUUAUUUCCAUAUUGUAUGUUUGGUGUCUCUCAAGAUUAAAUUGCCAGCUAAACUUCAAGCAAUAAGUAGUCUAGGUGCAAAAAUCCGAAUUUGGGGCUCAUUUUAUAAGACUUAGGCGUCACGCAAAACUCAACCACAUCCUUGUAGUGUACCCACUAAUUCGAUUCCACGGCGACUUCAAAGUUCUUUGUUUUAUUAGAAUUAAUCAAAAUGAUCAAAUUGAAGGCAGGGUUUUUACUUGGAUGUUCCCUCUGAAAUUUAGGAAUUCUUAAGCCGUGUUGACACGAAAAUCUUUUGGAAAUAUAAAUAGUAUUAGCAUGAUCUAGCACCGUUCCUAGAAUCCCAGAGAUAACCAUGCUGUCAACGCAAUUUCCUGGACAAGCGAAUCUCGCUGGUUUUCACAGCAUCGAUGCUCUUUUAGGAAUACGAGAGGAAAUGCGGGAAAAUUACAACAUGUGUCCGGACUCCGGAUUCAGGAGUUUGCCGGAAAACUCCAGACUCCAGGAUACCACCGUCCCGGCAGGUAACGAAAUGAAGUUGCACAGAAAUUUUGAUGGCAAAAGGACCGGGAAAUUGGAAAAGGACUCAGACACGCGCAAGAAAACGAGACGAAACCGCACAACAUUUACAACGUAUCAGCUGCAUGAGCUGGAGAGGGCGUUCGAAAAGUCUCACUACCCGGAUGUGUACAGUCGAGAGGAACUGGCCAUGAAAAUCGACCUCCCAGAAGUCCGUGUGCAGGUGUGGUUUCAAAACAGACGUGCAAAAUGGCGGCGACAGGACAAAUUGGAGAACUCUUCCUUGAGAAUCAAUGAAGAAUUUACUUCCGGUUUGAUCUCUAGAAAAUCAGCUGUUGGCUUUGGGUCACCUUUACCACUUGAUCCGUGGCAUACGUCAUCAGUGAAAAAUACCGAUACGAAAUGCGGGACCUCAGUUGCGACCGAUGGUUGUCUGACGUCAUAUCCCAAUAUAUUUGCUGCUCCAUUCUCACACAUCAGUAGUAACAUGAGCAACACAUAUAGAGGAUAUCCUGGAGUUCUUGGAAGUUGUCCGAAACUCACAGACUUUGAUCCGAGGAGCUCUAGUAUAGUGUCCUUGAGAAUGAAGGCAAAAGAGCAUGCGCACUGUGGAGAUAAAAAAUAUUAGGCGAUGUACAAUUAUAACAGUCUAAGAACAGUUCUGUUUCUCAAAACACCUACAUGACUUUUUAUAGUAUUAUGUCCGAUCCAGUUCCGAUUCCUGAAAAAAAAAAUUCAAUAGAAUUAUCAGAGGGGAAAUCUGAGAUUUUCCUUAAGGCUCUGUAGAAGUAAAACUACAUUGACUGCGACAUAAUGUUUAGUUUCGAUUUGGGUCGGGAAAGCCCAAUUGACAGUCUUUAUCACUCUAUGUUGUCAAUAAGGACUAAAUUUGUUAUGAGAGUUAACAAUGUGAUAUGUAUUUUUCUAAGUAAGUAGGGUAUUGUAGAUGUAAAUAAAACUUGAUUUGUUA